AUGGACCGACCUCCCGCGGCCAAGCGGCCCCGGUUGUCCAUGGCUUGUAACAUUUGUCGGCAGCGAAAAGUAAAAUGCGAUGCUGAAUAUCCAAAAUGUCGCAAUUGUCGAACACGUAACCAGAUUUGCGUAACGACUGAUCCCCAACGCCCUGGAGUACCAGGAGUGAGAGAGUGGCUUGACAUACCUGAGAAGAUCAAUGGAAACGGAGUUGCGCAAUGCGACGGAUUACACAAAGCCAUAGCCUGUCGACAAAAUGAUCAAAACUCGCCGCCGAAUACGUCGCCUCAGCAGCAACCCCAGUCGCAAGAGGCUCAACAGCACUCUCCGUCUGUGGAGGACAACCCGGCCGAUGAAAAGCUCAACGAACUUUCUCCAGUUCAUCAGCCCUUCGAUACAUCCCUCAAUGUGGAGCGAGGAACGAACCGGAUGAAAGUUCUGGGUGGCAGCAGCUCGCAAUGCCUCGCGAAAUCCUUAGACAUUUAUUUUGAAGCUGCACGGCUAAAGCCAGUGUCAGCUUCUUUUAGUCACGGCAUGAGGCAUGCGGAGGAGCUGGAUAUGCCAUUGGCCCUAUCUUUACCACCCCUGCCCGCUCGGGAUUGUCGGGAUCGAUAUACGUCUAUAUACCUCGCCCGAAUCCACCCUACCUAUCCUAUCUUUUCACCUCACGCGUUUCGCGAAAGUAUGGAGCAGCUAGCCACAGUUGCCGAUUACAAGCGCCUCUCACGAGACAGCGUUCCGGUACUCGUGCUUGUAUAUCUUGUCAUAGGUUUGGGGUCGGAUGAAGAGGCCCAAAGUGUGACAGAAGCUGGCGAGAAAUAUCUUCAAGCUGCGGCUGGGCUCGUAUCGCAUCUCAUCGCAAUACCAUAUCUGCCCACGGUGCAGGCCCUGCUCCUUCUGACGCUGAUGUAUAGAGGUCGCAAUCAGGAGGGUCUGGCGUGGCAAACCCUGGGUAUGGCGAUCCGUAUCGCAUAUACGCUGGGAAUCCACCGACCCCAUACAGGACACACGCCUCCCACAUCCCAGAACUCACACGAUGAAAGACACCUUCCCACUCAGAUAUGGGCUGUUUGCUGCUGCUUGGAGAGAAUGAUGCAGCUCGGGUGCGGUCGCCCAUCCUCCAUUAAUACCGAACACGUCAAUCCCGUCGGCAGUUUGACUUGUCAUUCACCGUACCUGCAGUGGAAUCUGGGGCUUGCUGAAUACCAGGGAAGUAUCAGCCAGCAUAUCUACAACUACCAUCCUGGCUCGAGAAAUGUGCGACAGAUACUCCUGGAUACUGCCCGACUGGACCGGCUGUUACUCUCAUGGGCCAAUGUCAUUCCCCCCGAGCUGCGACCAGGAAACGAUAUUUUCUGUCCUGAGGAGGAAUACCAUAUGGCCGCAUACCUAUCUAUACAAUUCCACGAAACUCUUAUUGCUCUGCACCGUGCGGCGCUAAUAGCCCCAACAGCGAACUUUGAUGCCGAAAUAGAGAAACACUGCUCCGAUGAACCAUCAAAAUUCAGAUUGCGCAAUGGAGAAUCAAUUUGUGUGAACAGUGCCCGUUCAAUCGCUAAGCUGAGCAUCGAGCUCUCCGAGAGAGGGACGGCUUCACGCUUGAUUCCCGUUGGGUCCUCCUUAUUAGCAUGUAUUGUCCUCGCUAUUUAUCUGAUGAAGAACCCGAAGUCCCGCCUCCAGACGAUGGACCUUGAGCUCCUAAAACUAUGUCUCGAGAACUGCAGUCAGCAGCUCGCCCGCUGUAAUUCGGAUCCCCGAUUCAUGGAGGGUCUAGCUGCCAUGUACGACCAGAUAGUGACCCACCAACGUGUUUCCUCAACAUCUACAGAAAGAAGGCACGCGUUAGCCACAACAAAUCAAUCAGAUCAACCUCCACAGAAAGCCUCGAUAUGGCCACUACAGAAUAAUAAUCUACCGCAUACCUCGAAUAUUGCCAUACCCCAUAACGCCUCAAGUUAUCCAAUACCCAAUAACUUCCUAACUCCUGCAACGUACGACGAUAGUGCUCCGCAAAUUAACACCGUGGGACAUGUAUCAUGUAAUGAAGAACAUAUUGUUUCACGUCCACCAGAGAAUGCUCAGAGGGGUCCUCUGUUUGAUUAUUUACCAGCAGCGGGCAAGGAUCAGCCUCACCAUCAGCAGGGCGAUUCAACCCUUCAUGAUACUGGCUCUUUGAUCGACCACCUGGCCUCUUCUGGUGAUGGCUCGAAUGAGGUAGACCGACUAUUUCCUUUUGAGGGAUAUAAUGUAGAGGAUUUGUGGAAUUGGAUGCUGUACUUCGACGGACCACAGCCUGCAUAG